UGGCGCGAACUCGCCAAGCACAUUCCCGGCCGGUCGAACAAGGACUGCCGCAAGCGGUGGUGGAACAGCCUGGUCGGCGGGACGGCAAAGGGCGCAUGGAGCCCCGAAGAGGACAGGAAGCUCGUCGAGGCCGUUGGCAAAUACGGCACGAACUGGUCGCGCGUCGCGGCGGCCGUCGGCACGAGGUCCGGAGAUCAGUGCUCGAGUCAUUGGCGCCAAGUCCUGAACCCUAACAUCAACUACUGCGACUGGACCAAGGAAGAGGAUGACCGCCUCUUAGAAGCAGUCCGCAUCUGCGGGACCAACUGGAGCAACAUAGCCUCCUUCCACGUGCCACAGCGGACCACGCUGGCGCUGAAAAACCGCUAC